AACAAACACAAGAUGGCUUCGGUGGGGGAGCUGCAGCAGACAAUCAAAAACUUGAGGGAACAGCUGGAAAAUGAACGGAGGAAAAUAGAAGAAAUGAAAGGUUCAGUCAAGAGAGAACGCAUUGAGCAGAUGAGUUCUGAGGUGGUGGACUCCAAUCCAUACAGUCGUCUGAUGGCGCUGAAAAGGAUGGGCAUUGUGGAUAAUUAUGAAAAAAUCCGUGACUACACCGUGGCAGUUGUGGGUGUGGGUGGAGUGGGGAGUGUCACGGCAGAGAUGUUGACCAGAUGCGGUAUUGGAAAGUUGCUGCUGUUUGACUACGACAAGGUGGAGCUGGCCAACAUGAACCGUCUCUUCUACCAGCCGCACCAGGCCGGGCUCAGCAAAGUGGAGGCAGCGGAGAGGACUCUCAAGGAGAUCAACCCUGACGUGGAGUUUGAAGUGUACAACUAUAACAUCACCACAGUGGACAACUUCCAGCAUUUCAUGGACAGAAUCAGGCUUGUAAUGAAAUGGGCCAAUCGUGGUUCGAGUCGGGCGUCAGUGAGAAUGCUGUGUCGGGUCACAUCCAGUUUGUGGUUCCGGGAGACACAUCUUGCUUUGCGUGUGCCCCACCCCUUGUGGUUGCGACCAACACCGACGAGAAAACGUUGAAGAGAGAAGGCGUGUGUGCGGCCAGUCUGCCUACCACUAUGGCGGUGGUUGCGGGCUUCCUGGUCCAGAAUGUUCUCAAGUACCUCCUUUCUUUCGGAAACGUCUCCUACUACUUGGGCUACAACGCCCUCCAGGAUUUCUUCCCCACCAUGAGGAUGAAGCCGAACCCUCAGUGCGACGAUUCACAUUGCCGGAAACAGCAGGAACUCUUUCAGAAAAGGGAGGCUGAGAAACCCAAGGAAGAAAAAGAGACAGAGGAGAUAGAGGAAGUCGUAGUGCAUGAUGACAAUGAGUGGAGUAUCGAGGUGGUGUCGGAGACCACUGAGGAGGAGGCUGAGGCAGCCGAGGGGGAGAAACCGGAGCUGACUCAGGGGGUGACUGUGGCUUAUACCAAACCUGCUGCUGCUGCUGCCAAGAAGGAGGAAGGCUCAGACUUUGUGGGGCAGACAGAGAUGAGUAUAGACGACCUGAUGAAGCAAAUGCAAAGCCUAUGAGAGAGAGAAGGAGAGAGAGAAAGAAAGAAAGAGCGCCUAGUCUUUGUCUGUUGUCUCGUGUUUACAUUCUCUGUCUGGUUGCAGAGACAGCUUGCUAACUCCUUAUCUCCAGCAAGCCGCUCCCAGCGGCUCGCGGUCGGAACCCCUGUGUCGGUGAGCUGCUGACAGCGACUCGGGCACACUCCUUUACGACGACUUCAACUUCAACAUCAAAUUAUUUUUCAGCAAUUCAGUUGCCAAAAACAAGUCUCUUUCACCAGAAUUUCAUUCAUUAGCUGGAGAACUAUCGAAAUAGGUUCACUUGUUUUGAGUUAAUGAUGAAAGUAGUGAUGUAAAUGUCAAUUUUAGAUGUGGAACCAAAAUAGGGCUGCGGCAUUGUGGGUUUACUCCCCUCGGAGAUAAAGAGUUAAUGUCAUGACCUCAGCAUGUUUCGGUUAUUACUCUAUUUGUGUCACGGCAUGUUGGAAUCAGGCUCGCGUCAAGUUUUGGAUAUGUGGAGAUAUUGGUAUGGUAUAUAUAUAUAUAUUGAGUGGCUGGUAGAUAUGUGCUUUGAAAAGAUGAAAGAGAGAGAGGGAGAGAAAGA